GUGCUUGUGCAAACACAGGGGUAUAAAUGAGUCUUCUUGGCUGACCUGGCAUGUCCUCUGAGCCCGCCCGUGACAUGGAGGCCAGAGUGCUGUGGCUGCUGGUGGCGGUCCUGGCCUGCGGGUUCUCCAGGUUGGCCGGGGAGUACGUGGGCCUGUCUGCAAACCAGUGUGCCGUCCCGGCCGAAGACAGGGUGGACUGCGGCUACCCCGAGAUCACCUCGGAGCAGUGCAACAACAGGGGCUGCUGCUUCGACUCGAGCAUCCCCCGGGUGCCCUGGUGCUUUACGCCGCUGCGGGAGACAGAAUGCAACUUUUGAAGCGAUGCCCACUGCCUGUGGGCACCCUGGGGUGCGACCUUCCACAUUCUGGGCACCCUCCCCACGAUUCUCUGCUCGUCUCUGCUUCCCUAGCAGCCUGCUCCUGGCAACCUGAAAGCUAAUGUCUGGGGCCUGAUGUCUUAAGGAAUAAAGAUCCCAUACUCAGCACGAAGACGAGUCUUCAUUCCUGA